AUGUCGCCGUGGCGCUUUGACUAUAACGACGCCGCUACUAACGCGGCUUCUGGCGAAACCGCCCCUGUGAGAGGAUCUAGCAGCGUACGGCAGAGGAGGCGGGGGUUUUCGCGCAGAGGAAGGGCGGGGGAACGGGCGAGUGGAGGCGCGGAUUCGUCCCCCUUGACGCCCGCGGGCGCGCGGACGGGGGGGGCUGCGCGCCUGUGGGCCGGGCGGAACAGCAGCGCGUCCGCAGAUGGAGAGUUCCCCAGGGGAGCUGGGGGGGGCGCCGCCGUGGCUGCUGCUGCGGCGGCUGCGGCUGCCGCGGCGGCUGCGCUAGCAGCAGCGGAAGAGGCGUCAGGAGGAGGAUUUGUGGACGUUCCCCUUGACGAAUUCCGUCAGAUGUCUGUCAGAGGCACAACUCGUGGCUCUCCAGCAUCCCCACCGCAUCUCACCUCAUCUGACCGCAGAUCAUCUUCCAGAGUGCGCAGAUGGCUCUCCUCCCUCAAUGUGAUUGGUCGCGUGCGCCGCGACCGCCAAAUCGGUGACCGCCAGCUCAGCGCCUCAUCAUCCAUGCGGGCGGCUCACCCCCCGUCAGCGGAAGCACCAGACGAUUUCUGGUGGCAGGGGGAGAUGAGCGAGGAGGACUCGGGGGUGAUUGAGGCAGCCAUGCAUGCCAUUCUCAUGGAUGGGCUGGCCGGCGCUCUGCAAGGAGGAGGAGGGGGAGCGCUGGGAGGGGGGCUGCAUGGAGCGGGAGAGAGGAGGUUGAUGGUGCCGCAUAUGUUGUUGUUCGAGGAUGAGGAGGCGUGGACGUAUGAGCAACUGUUAGAGCUGGAUCGGAAUAACGUCAGACGCGGGCUGAAGCAGCAGGAGAUGUGGAAGCUAGAUCGGCGCAAGAUGGCACAUGGGGACGAGAGGGUGGAUUGCCAGAUCUGCCUGUCUGAGGCCGUGGCAGGGGAGCUUUUGACUUCCCUGCCUUGCAAGCACACGUACCACGACGCCUGCAUCUCCCCGUGGUUCAAAACCCACCGCACAUGCCCCAUCUGCCGCUUCGAAAUCGCCGAUUAG